AAUCACGAAAGCGCAAGCCAGUUUAGUGCGAACCUUGCAGCUGUUUUGGCUCGCUCUGGGGCAUGGUGCUCAAAGUACCACCACGAGAACCUCAACCCAGCACUGGUUGGGACCAAAGAGCCCAAAGGCUACAUGGUUCCUAAUCAAACUGGAAAUGCUUGUCAGAACUGCCUGGACAAUCUGAGAGAAUGUGACAGGCUGCAGCGCGAUGUCGAUGAUCCGCUCGAUCCCUGCUCGGAGUGUCGUCAUUUUGGAGGCACCAGGUGUCUUUGUACACUUGUAAUGGACAACUCCUACAAUGACGUCGUCUUCGACAAGAUGCUGGCGAGCGGCCUGGAGAAUGCUUAUGUUCUUCCUCCACCUGAAGAUCGAAUUCAUGCUCCGAUGCCACCUCAUCGUGUCAAGAAAGGCUGGGUGGGUCAAAGCAGGGAACAACUCCUCGCGAAGCCCGAUUUUCUACCUCAUGGCGUGCGUGACUGUCCGAGGGCCUUCAUUGUUUCUCCAUACAGGUCCUGCCAGCGGACAGGCCUGAGAACAUCAUCUUCUUCACCAUCUGAUGUUGAUUCAUCGAGUCUCCCGAAGGCAAACUCGGCGAAGAUG